AUGAUUGUGAUAAACACCCCGAAUAACCCUACAGGAAAGGUGUUUCCACGCGAGGAGCUGCGGCACAUCAGUGACAUUUGCGUUCGACAUAACCUGCUUUUACUCAGCGACGAGGUAUAUGACCGGCUCAGCUACGUGCCUUUUACACGAGUUGCAAUCUUAGGCCCCGAUGUGCAGCAACGAACUAUCAGCAUUGGGUCUGAAGCAGCUGCGGCUGCGUAUGAGCAAAGCCUAUAUAACGGCUUUUGGUCGCAGACGCGCACGUUGCUUCGAGAGAAAAUGAUUAGGCUUUGUCAGGUCUUUCAGAAAUUGGAUCUUCCCUAUACAAUCCCGGAAGGCGGCUAUUUUAUCCUCGUUAAUUUGGCCAAAGUCCAGAUUCCUAGGGUGUAUAGGAUUCCACCACAUAUCCGUGACCGCAGAAGGGAUUUCCUGCUGGCACGGUUCUUAAUCAUGGAACUGGGUGUGGCGGCCAUUCCUGCGAAUGAAUUCUACAGCCCGGAGCACCCAUGCUUGGGAGAGAACUAUCUUCGCUUUGCGGUGUGCCAGGACGAUGAGAUACUCGAUUUAGCCAAGGCCAGGCUUCGCAGAUUGCAAUUGUAUUUAACUGCCUAA